GUACCCUUUCUGUUAGGCAACACAUUCCACAUCCCACGUUAAGUUAAAGAUGUUGUUGAAGCUGUUUGGAGCACCUACAUUUCUUGUUCUACUGUGCAUGAAAAAAAAAGCUUUGAACACGGCACAUCGACCCACUGCGGUCGGGUGGACAGUGCGGUGGACACUGCGUUCUUGUGUUUUUUGUUUGUUUUGAGUCUAACGAUGGAGAGAGAGCAAUGGACGCACAAGCGCGAGUAUAUUCUGGCUAUGGCCGGGAACAUAGUCGGUCUGGGCAACGUCUGGAGAUUCCCCUAUCUGUGCUACAAGAACGGUGGAGGUGUGUUCUUGCUGCCUUACUGUGUGUUAGCUCUUCUGUCUGGUGUUCCCCUUUUCUUGAUGGAGAACGCGCUGGGCCAGUUCACCCAGGAGGGAACCAUCACCUGCUGGAAGAAGCUAUGUCCGCUGCUAGAGGGUAUUGGCUAUGCCCUUAUGGUGAUCCGGACAUAUUCAACAAUAUAUCUGGUUAUACUGGCCUAUUCGCUCUUCUACCUGCUCUCCUCCUUUGCCUCCGUGCUGCCGUGGACCACUUGCAGGCAACGACUGGAACACAGAUGGUUGUGUGGAGCUGACUACUCCGAACAUGACCAGCCAACACUACGCUGAAUUCGGUGUCAACUCGACAUCUAAGGCGCCGAACAAUUCUGCAGUGAUGGAGUUCUGGGAGAGGCGUGUGCUCUCCAUGUCCGGGGGGAUCGAGGAGCUGGGGUCCGUCCAAUGGGAGCUGUGCGCCUGUCUCCUGGCCUGCUGGUUGGCCU